UUCGAUUCGAGCGCGUCGCUGUGACGUCAACGCCGGUAACCGGCGGCAAUUGGGCGAGCCGUGGCCGCGGUGUGGUCGCGCGGCAUUCCGGCCGCGACGGUACUCCGGACUGACUCCGCUCCGACGCCGCUGUCUGCUCGUGACAGUCGAACGCUGACGGUAGGCGUCUGGACGCGCGCACCUUGUCGGCGUACGGACGGACGAUCGGGCAUUGAGGAAGCGUACCGCUGAUCGCGAGGGUAAGAACCACGAGCGGCGAUAAAGGGAGCGAGCGAACGGAUCACCUCGGAGCGAUGUCGCAGACCGAACUCGACGAAACAGCUGUGGAGAAUUUCCGCGAGUACCUGCGGAUACCGUCGGUGCAGCCGGACGUCAACUACGAUGAAUGCGUGGAAUUCUUAACUAGACAAGCACAGUCUCUCGACUUACCAAUCAAAAUUUAUCACGUACAUCCUAAAAAACCGAUUGUGAUUUUAACAUGGGUGGGAACGGAACCUACGAAGCAGUCGAUUCUCUUGAGCAGUCACAUGGACGUUGUACCUGUUUUCGAAGACAAAUGGACCUAUCCGCCGUUCAGCGCACACAUGGACGAGCAAGGCGACAUCUACGCUCGCGGCAGCCAGGACAUGAAAUCCGUGGGAAUACAAUAUUUGGAGGCGAUCCGUAGACUGAAACUGAACGGACAACGUUGCCAACGCACUAUCCACCUCUCUUUCCUCCCGGACGAGGAGAUCGGCAGUGUUCUCGGAAUGAAAGCCUUUGUGCACACUGCAGACUUUAAAGCUCUGAACAUCGGUUUCACGCUGGACGAAGGUGUAGCUUGCCCACUCGAGAACUUUUACUUGUUUUACGGAGAAAGAUCGAUUUGGCAUGUCGAAAUAAAGUGCAUGGGCAAUCCCGGUCAUGGAUCCAUCAUGUUCGACAACACGGCUGGGGAAAAGUUAAGAGUCAUAAUCGAUCGUUUCACAGACUUCAGAGCCUCCGAAAAAGCAAAAUUAACCACAGAUCCUAGCAAAUUAGUAGUUGCUCUUGGCGGAGUGACAUCUGUAAAUCUUACGAAAAUUUGGGGUGGAGUCCAAACUAACGUUAUACCCAACGAGCUAAGCGCUAUGUUCGACAUUCGUUUAACGCCUUCUGUUGAUCACGAGGAAUUCGAGGCUACUAUCAAACGCUGGUGCGAAGAAGCUGGUCCAGAUGUAACUUAUUCCUUCGAUGAGAAAAAUCCCAGAAUUGAGAACACCAAAUUAGAUGAGUCUAAUCCAUACUGGAUCGCUUUCAAAAAUACUUGCGAUGAAAUUGGUAUCGAUUUGGAAGUCGGUAUCUUCGCGGGAGGUACAGACGGCCGUUUUGUGCGAGGGGUGAGCAUCAAACUGGUCUUUGUACNGAUGAACAAUACGAAGAUACGUCUUCACGAUCACAAUGAAUAUCUAAACAAAGAUAUUUUCCUGAAGGGAAUAGAGAUAUAUACUAAAAUAAUACCGUCUGUUGCAAAUGUUUAAACGAAUAUACCAUACAUUAUGCAUCAGAUUUUAAAAGUGCCAUAGUCGAAUGUUUAGAGCUACUGACAGCUGAAUUCGACCUUUCUACCAGUGAAAAGCGUAUUAAUCAGAAUACCUUGAGUUUAAGAGAUCGCAAUUAACGUGCAAUGAUAUCCUAAGUCAAUAUAUAUUUCUAUAUUACAUUUAUAUAUAUUGUUAUGCUAUUUAAAAUUUUUAUUAUUGUUGGAUGGAUUUGAAAGAUAUGCAAAUUCAAACGAGAAAUAAUGUAAUACGAGAAAAGAAGGAAGAAGUGAAUAUCCUUGAAGAAACGAUGAGUGACAGUUCAAUUAAAAAAUGAGGCUUCAAGGAAAUUCCAAACACAGAAGAUAAAUGGAAUGGAAUGUAACGUGGAUGUACAUUAAUCACAAUGACAUCGAGAAAAGGAUAUUGAAUUUAAUAAAUAUUGUGAACAAAAAUCGAACAUACAAGAUUUUUAUGUCUGAAGAAUACAAGAAAACAAUGGUGCUAUAAAUGGGGCCAAAGCAAUCUGCUCAAAUUAGAGAAACUUUUAAAUAUUAUUAUUUCCCCGUGAAGUACUUGUAUUAAAUACAGUACUUACAUAAAGUAUAUAUACAAGUGUUUUAUAUCGAAAAAAAAAAAAUAUUUUUGUAAGAUUGUGUGUGACAACGUCCAGAAGCGUGUAUUUUGGUGAUCGAGAAUUAUCAAGAUCGAGGCAUCGAGGGAAACGAAAUAAUCAAAAUGUUUUUGUAAUACAUAUAUUUUAAAGAAGUAAGGCAGAGGAAUGUAUUAACGUGAUAAAUGUUACGAAUAAAAUACGGAAAGAAAUGUACAGAGAAGUAAUUCGCAUAA